AUGAUUAAAGCACAGAAAAACUAUAAGCCGUUGGAAGUAGUCUUAGAGUGUCCACUAUUUGUCCACAAUGUUUAUAAUAAGUUCAAAGGACAGGUAUGUGACAACUGUUUGGCCAAAAGUAGUGGUUUGAAGAAAUGCGCGGUUUGUGGACACAUGUAUUAUUGCGACCGAAACUGUCAGCGAAACGAUUGGCGGGCCGGACAUCGGUAUGAGUGCCAGAUAUUCAAGAAUCACUACCAGAAACUGGUCGAUGUAAAGGAUUUGGCCACAACAUUGUUGCGAUUGUAUUUCAUAAGUAAAGCUGAUCCACAAAUUGUAUUCAAAAAAUACAACACUGUUGGCGGACAACAGCGAUGUUUCAACGAUUUGAUGUCACAUCAGGAAAACAUUGUCCAAGACUUUAGUCGAUUUAAUAAGAUUCAAGAAUUACAUCAUAUAAUCACCAGCUUAUGUGGUCUACAAAUAUCUAUCAAUGAUUUAAUUGAUUUCUAUGGCAAAUAUGUUAUCAAUUCAUUUUCAACUUGUUUUACUGAUUUUAUCCAUCUAUCGGAUCAAACAUUUGGUAGCGGUUUAUUCAUUGGUGCGUCCGUUUUGAACCACUCGUGUGCACCCAAUGUCUCUUUCCAUUCAAUUGGCAAUAAACUGAUGAUAAUAUCAAAACGAUUUAUUACUUCCGGUGAAGAGCUAACUGUUAGUUAUAUCGAUCAUAAUUUGCCAAUUGAUACCAGAAGUAUGCUAUUAAAAAAUUAUUACUAUUUUGAUUGUCACUGUCGUAGAUGUAUUGAUGGCGUUAAUGACAGUCAUGAUAAUGAUGACAAAAAUUUAGCAAAUUAUUUUAUGAAACAAUUAACUGAUUCAAUUUUGAAGUGA